AUGGACGCAGUUGCUGCCCAAGUCCAGACGCUCGUCGCGCUGCGCCACUUUGUCGCGGCGUUCGACGUCAGUCACGUGGUCUCGAAGCCGACUCGACUCUGCAUCACUGCACACGCCGCCACAGACGUCUCGAGCCGCGAGACGCUCGUCUUGGUCCAGUCGAAAACGUACUCGCUGCACCGCGAGCGCACGCUGCUGGACGCACGCAACGAGCUGCCCAUCGCGACGCUGCGGCGGGGCCUCUUCGGCCGCGCGACGACGUACUCGGCCUACAUGCGGACCGAGCACGAGGAGACGCCGUGUUCGUUCACGUUCACCGUCACGGGUUGCACGACCAUGCGGUCCGAGUUCACGGACCUGGUGAGCGGGCAGUCGUGCACAAUGGGCUGCGACGGGUCCAGCGACGACGAGCGCAGCGCGAUCAGUGUCUGGCUCAGUCGCGGCAACAGCGGGUCGGCCGACGCCCGGCAGACCAUUGCUCGGCUCACGUUCGCGGUCGAGAACGCCACGACCAAAGACGAGCCGACGGUGCUGCUGGACGUGUCGGCCGGCGUCGACCGAAUGAUGCUCAUCCUCACGUGCAUCGGACUGCUGGACAAGCGCUGCGAACGUAUUCAGACGCAGCAGUAG